GAGAACCAUAAGAAUGAACAGAAGAGUCAAGUGUUAUUCCACGUUUUGUUGUGAUGAGAAUAGUUGUCUUUUGAUAGUGAGGAAAAGGAUUUAUAUCUCCUAGUCCAAUUCCCGACUGAGAGUGAAGGGUAACCACGGGGAACGAGUGACUGAAUGUGCUCACGAAUUCAUGGAUACUUGGCUAAAACUCAAAUAUAAAGCACCGUGAAACCAAAAUGUGACGUCACAAAAACGUCAUAAACUUACGCGAACGCCCACAACUUUAUCAAGCCCACCGCUCACGAUGACCGACGUGGGCGUAGAUGGUGGUCGCUGUGUGGGCGGCAGUAAAGGAGGAAGAGGUGUGGGAAAUGGGCUGAGCUUAUUAGAAGGAGAUUCGUGGGAAACGAAAGCUAACGAACUCUUUAAUCUAUGCGAUCGAGAAAGUAAAGGCUUCAUCACCAAACGUGACCUGCAGAGGCUGUGGGGGGAGCUCCCUCUGGGUCCGGACGAGUUGGAGGGCGUGUUCGAUUCCCUGGACGAAGACCACAACGGCUUCCUCUCCCUUGAGGAGUUCACUGACGGAUUCGGUCGACACCUUGGCUUGACAGUACAGUUCAGAGCAGACGAAGAGCCUCUCCUGACCUCCGGAGCCACGAUCGAGGACGAGAAUGUAAACGAGGACGAUGAUGAUGCCACGGAUCUCUCCAAGGAACAGCUGGAUUACCUCCUCGAUAGACUCCUCGAGCAGGACCUGGAGAGCAACUCGGCAGUGGUGGAAGCUGUGUGGAGACAGGUGUGCGGCACGAGGACAGGUGUGGAGGAGGUGGAAGACGGGGGCGAGGGAGGAGGAGGAGGAGGAGGAGGACAAGGUGACGUCUCUCCCUCCCACGGUGCUGGGAUAGGACGUCUCGUGGUGGCACUCAUGCAGGAGCUGACUAGGAUGAAGCACGAGCACACGCGGCUGGAGGCUGCUCUGGCGGCCAAGGCGGAAGACUACAACAAGCAGGUCUCGAAGUUGUACGAAGAGCUAGAGUGCCAGAUCAGCGGAGAGAGGUCAAAGGUGGCACUCGAGCACAGCCAGAAGGAGGCGCGCGCACUCGCUAGCUUGGAGGGUGAGGUAGCAGAGAGGGAGGCGGCGCUACGGAGCCUGGAAGACGAUCAGCUGAAGAUGAGACAGAGGCUUGAGCAGGUCCUGGCAGCUGAGACCGCAGCUCGAAGCGAAAAUUCGUUCCUCUCGCAACAUGUGGAGAAGCUCGAGGCCGACUUGAACCGCCGCGAAUCCGAAGUGCAUGAGCUACAGUCCGCCCUCGACGCCCUCAAGCAUAAGACUAAGGAGGAGAAACGCAAGAGAGCAAACCAAGCCUUCAAGGUGACCGAGGGCAUCGCGAGGGAGAGGGAGAGCCUGGUGACGCAGCUGGACCUCCUUCGCUCCAUCAACACGCAGCUGAGGGACGAGCAGGACCAGGCCGGCGGUCCGCACAGCCACCUGCGUCGAAGGGGCAGAGAGGGCGGGGGCGGCUUUGGUAGCUCUGGCUCCUCAAGCUCCGCCUCCACGCCAACGUCGACCAAUGGCUUGGCAGGAAACAGCAGCGUCUUGUCCCAAUCGACGACGGAGGGCGGAGUUAAAGUUGAGAUGACCCCGCCCACUGGCACCCGACCGAUACCGCCCAGUCACCUCCCUCUCCUACCUAGCCCCGCCCAUUGCCUUUCUCUACCUCCAGGUGCGUGGUCACCGUCCAACCGAAGCAGCGACUGUGAACACGAUGAAGAUUAUUUCAACAGUGUAGCCAUAGGCGUAGGCCCGCCCAUGCCGCCCUUGGAGAGCACCACGCCCCUAGAGCAAAGUCUCCUGAGGGAGUUGCUGGAGCAGCCCGUUCUCUGCGCAUCGUGCGGGGGAACCAAUCCUGCCGCGAUAGGUACUGUGGGAGGAAACUCUCCCACGCACGCUCUUCUCCACCGUAAGGACUCCAUGACCCAGACUCCUUCUCCCACCUCCGCCUCCUCCCCCUCUCGCCUCCCCCCAACCCCCGCCCCACGAAGGGUCGAUUCCUCUUCCAACACGGAUUCAACGGAGAAAGAGGAGGACGAAAGGGAAGAGGAAGAGGAGGAAAAGGAAGAGAGUGACACGUUGUUAGAAGUCGGUGUGGAUGGAAGGUGUCUUUGUGAGAGACGCGACAGCCAGUCCUCCGUGAGCUCUCAGCACUCCGCCACCAUCCUCAUCUACCACCCAGGCCGUCGCUCUUCCUCGCCCGACGCCCACCCGUCUGACGCCCAGGACUCUCCCGCUGGCCCCGCCCACCCUCCUCUCACACGCACCCCCGCCAUCAACCAGAAACUCAUGCAGAGCACCCCGCCCAGGCCCAGACACUCCAACCUCGGCGUUCGGUUUUCGGACGAGCUUGAAGUGCAGUUCUUUGAGACCGGUGAUGGAGACGGUAGCUCCCGCGUUGUCAGGAAGCAAAUGGUUGACCUCGCUGUUGGAUCGGGAAUUGAGUGCACAUCGGGUCACGGAGGUUCGAAGGGGUCCGGUACCGGGUCAUGCGGACUUCCAUGCGAAAACAUUGCCGAUGGAGAUGGAACUUCACAUGAUAUCAGCGCCAGUGCGGUAUGUAAAGGGUGGAACGGACUGAAUAAAUGCGUCGCCGGAGAUUCAACGGGACCAGACUUCGAAACCGGCAGAGGACGUGGAAGUUCAGAGACAGCGAAAUCCAACGGCCUCUCCAGGGGCGACGGAGCGGGAGAUUGCAAAACUUCGUCUGACGAAAAACAAAGUGAUAAGGACGACGCCAACGACUGCAGCAGCAUCAGAGCCAACGACAACACCAGCAAUAACGACAACAAGUACAACUACACCAACGGCAACGACAGGAACCACCAUGGCAACAGUCGCGACGAAGACGACGCCACUCAGCCAACGCACAUCCUCAACCUGCAGGAACUCGAGCCAAGAAUGACGCAACACCUCAAGCUGCAUUACAUGAGGCCAGUCUUUACCCUCGAAGGCAGACGGUUUGUUUCAGAAGGCCAGGGAGAAAUGCUGAGAGAGGAAAUGGAGAAGGAGAGAGGAAGACGAAACGAGGAAGAAUGUUACAUAAAGGGAAGUCCAGAAUGUCUGGAUUUCCAUCAUUCAGAAUCUCAAUUUUCGAGUUUCUCAGCUCUUAUGGGCGAGGAUGGGAGGAGAGUGGCGGACAGCGUGGACCACAAGAAAGAGAAAAACAACAACGAAGUCCAGGCCCUCGUGACGUCACUAAACGGGAAGGAGGAACAAGAAGAAAAGGCAAAAGAGGAAGAAGACUUAAAGAAGAGCGAAAGGAGAAUGGCAAAACCCCCUCCCGUUCCAGGCCCCCCUCGUAUGUUCAAAGUCGUUCUCAUUGGCGACUCCGGGGUGGGGAAAACCUCCUAUAUACACAGGGCGUGCACGGGAGAGUUCAGAGGAGACUUUGGGUGCACUGUGGGCGUGGAUUACCGUGUCCUGGAAGUGUUGGUGGGCGGCGUGAGGGCGGUCUUGCAGCUCUGGGACACGGCCGGUCAGGAGCGCUUUCGGUCUAUCACUCGGCAGUAUUACAGGAAAGCUGACGGCGUCGUGGUGAUGUAUGACGUCACGAACGAACAAUCUUUUCUUAGUGUCAACGACUGGCUUACGUCAGUGAAGGAAACAGCAGGUGCGGACGUGAGCGUGGCCGUGCUGGGCAACAAGUGCGACCUGGCAGCUGCUCGGCGAGUUCCGAAAGACAUCGCAUACAAGAUGAUUAAGAGCCACAACUGCCUGAUGUACGAAGUGAGCGCAGCCUCGGGCAACGGAGUCCCAGAAUCUAUCAAGCAUCUGGCUGCUCUCUUGGCCACUCAGCAGGAACACGACCUGGUCACCAGCACGGCUCUCAACCUCCACAGCGAGGAAAAAAAGAAGAAAUUCUGUUGUCGAGAAUGAGUUAGAAUUCAUAUUUUUAAUUUUGUAGAAGUGUUUUUUUAUUAUAAUUAUUAUUAUUUUCCUUUUUUUUUUUCGUUUAAGAGGGGAAGGUGGGUAUUUAUUUUCCAAUGUUGUCGUUCUUUUCGUUUUACUUUUCGUUAUAUUACGUUGUGAUUUGUUGAUUCUCGGACAUGUUUGUAAGUUAAUUUUUUUAAACAGAUUUAUUAUUAUUAUUUUUUCGUUCUGUUUUAAUUAUAUUUGUCAUAUCUGUGAGUGGAAAAAAGGUGGAUGUAAUGUAACAGUGGUGAUGAUAAUAAUGAUAAUUAUGAUAAUGAUAAUAAUAAUAAUAAUAAUAAUAAUAAUAAUAAUAAUAAUAAUAAUAAUAACAAUGAUAAUAAUAAUAUUCAUGAUAGGAAUAAUAAUGAUAAUAAUCAUAAUCAGUAAUAAUAAUGAUAGUAAUAAUGAUAAUGAUGAUAAUUAUAACUGAUAAUAAUCAUGAUAAUGCUGAUUUAAAAAUAAUGGUAUUAAUAACUUCUCUCAUGUAGAGUAACUUGUUUGUAUCAUUUUGUAUAUCAUAUUCUAUUCAAACCAUCGAGAGUCGUGUUAUGGGGUCCACAAGAAAUAGACAUUAAUUUAUUUUAAGAAACUAUAAGGCCCCUACGUCCUCCCCUGAUGAAUGUUUAUGUUGAAUUCUAGACGAGAUAUGACGACAAUACGUAAGAUAUAUAACGUAAAAAAAAAAAAAAAAAUGAGUGUAAACUGUAGUUGUUUCAAACUCCUCUAAAGAAUAUCUAUUCAUGAAAAAAAAAAAAAAACUAAAUCAUCACGACUCAUCACUUGUUGCUGGUGUUAAGAUUUUCAUUAUCAUUGAUGUUAUUAUCAUUAUGGUAUUACUAUUGUAUCACCAUUCCAUUGUCAUUUUCAUUUUCACUAUUAUCAUUACUAU